GGUGCAAUGGCCAUGCAGAUGCAGCUGGAAGCCAACGCAGACACCUCAGCAGAGGAGGAGAGCUUUGGGCCACAGCUCAUAUCCAGGUUAGAGCAAUGUGGGAUAAAUGCAAACGAUGUGAAGAAGUUGGAAGAAGCUGGAUUUCACACAGUUGAAGCUGUUGCCUAUGCACCAAAGAAGGAGCUACUGAACAUCAAAGGCAUCAGUGAAGCCAAAGCUGACAAGAUCUUGGCUGAGGCAGCUAAACUGGUUCCAAUGGGUUUCACCACGGCAACAGAGUUUCACCAGCGAAGGUCAGAGAUCAUCCAGAUCACCACUGGGUCCAAGGAACUUGAUAAGCUCCUUCAGGGAGGAGUAGAGACAGGCUCCAUAACAGAGCUAUUCGGGGAGUUCCGCACUGGCAAGACACAGCUGUGCCAUACCCUGGCAGUGACCUGUCAGCUUCCCAUUGACCAAGGUGGUGGUGAAGGCAAAGCUAUGUACAUCGACACCGAGGGCACCUUCCGCCCCGAGCGGCUGCUGGCUGUGGCUGAGAGGUAUGGCUUAUCUGGCAGUGAUGUCCUGGACAAUGUGGCCUACGCCCGAGGCUUCAACACAGACCACCAGACCCAGCUCCUCUACCAGGCCUCUGCUAUGAUGGCUGAGUCACGGUACGCACUGCUGGUGGUGGACAGUGCCACAGCACUGUACCGCACGGACUACUCAGGCAGGGGCGAGCUGGCGGCACGACAGAUGCACCUGGCCCGCUUCCUGCGCAUGCUGCUGCGCCUGGCAGAUGAGUUCGGUGUGGCAGUCGUGAUCACCAACCAGGUGGUAGCUCAAGUAGAUGGAGCAGCCAUGUUUGCUGCAGACCCCAAGAAACCCAUUGGAGGAAAUAUCAUAGCCCACGCUUCCACCACCAGGCUGUACCUGCGGAAGGGCCGGGGUGAGACCAGGAUCUGUAAGAUCUAUGACUCCCCCUGCCUGCCCGAGGCUGAGGCCAUGUUUGCCAUCAACGCUGAUGGAGUGGGAGAUGCUAAAGACUGAAGGCUCCGUUUCAUCUCCUGCAUAAUCCAAGACUAGGUGCCCAUAAAAGGCUCCUUUCUUCAUGGCACCUUUUGCAUGCUUUCC